GAAGGCAAGUCCUUUAAAAGGACAAUUGGGUAGCAAGUCAAUAGGUAGGACUCCUUGAAUCAUAAAACAAUCGAUUCUGCUAUUAUCUGCUGCAGCAGUAGCCGAACUGAGCCAAAAAAUUUCCUCGCCUGACGGAAUUUUGGAGCUGUGUUUCCGGAGAUCUCCACAAAUUUCAUUCAUCAAAAGUUCUUUGUCUGUCAAAGAAGCUUUCAUCUUUUCGUCAGAGCCCUACUAUGAAGGAGGACCAACAUAAGUGGGAGCACGUUGCAGUAACAAACCCUAACACUACUUAUCUGAACCCUGUGUAUACUUCUUCUUCUUAUGGCUAUGCCAUAGAUGCUACUUCAAACAAUAGCGGCAGCAGCUGCAGCAGCCGCAACAAUACUGAUGCUUCUCUUGAUCCUGUGGUUAGCCAGGGCAAUGAAAUUGUUACUGCUUAUCAUCACGGGGCUUCAGAUUUUGACGAAGAUGCUUAUUUUGAUUCAUUCCCUGCUGGAUAUAGGUUCAAACCUUACGAUGAAGAGCUUGUUGUUCAUUACCUGAAAAAAAAGAUUAUGAAUAAGCCUUUGCCACCUAACAGGAUUAAGGAGGUUGAGUUGUAUAAGUAUAAUCCUGAUACUCUUGCAGCAAACUACAAGUCAAAUGGGGAGAACGAAUGGUACUUCUUCACACCAAGAGAUCGUAAGUACCCAAAUGGAGAGCGACCCAAUCGAGCUGCUGGAAAUGGAUAUUGGAAGGCUACUGGAGCUGAUAAACCUAUUAAUUUUCAAGGUUGUAAAGUUGGGUUCAGGAAGGCAUUGGUAUUCUACCAAGGAAAACCUCCAAAUGGUGAUAAAACUGAUUGGAUUAUGCAUGAAUACAGAGUAAAUGAACCUCCUAAGAGAAAAAGAGGAGGAAAUGAUAUGAAGCUUGAUGAUUGGGUCUUAUGUAGGAUUUAUAAGAAGCUUGACAGAUCUUUAAGAGCUUCAACUCGACCACGAGUUCAAGUUGUCCAAGAUCACCAAACAUCAGAAAAUGGAAUGCUGCUGCCUGAAGAAUCCGAACAAAUUCCAAUGCCUACCAUGGUAGGGAAUUAUAGCCAAGGGAAUGAGAUGGUAUAUCUCAAUACAAAUGCUGCUUAUGCUCCUGCUUAUCAUUUGAAUGGAAUUGGGACAGUUAUUACUGAAUCUUUUGACGCUAGUCAAUUCGAGUUACCUUACUGUGGGAAUGCUGUUCAUCCACUGGUGGGAACUGCAGGAACAUCAACAUCAUCUUCUUCAUAUAUGCAGAGUUAUAUUAGCGAUGAGCAUCCUAUAGAUGAAUAUCUUCAUUAUCCGAAGGAAUUUUUUGCUGCACAAUGUAUGGACAAUAUUCUUUUGCCUCCGCUUAAGAGCUUUAGUCCCUUUCCCUACGAAGAAUAUGAUGAUAGUAAUAAGUAUCAAUGUUGAGGCUGAUAACUGACCUUUCUUUUUAAGUCCUGGUAGCUGGUUAGCUAACAUUUAUAUUUUACCUUGUUUAGAUGUUUAAUUAAUUUCCUAGGUUA